AUGGCGGCAUAUGGAGCUGAUAACAAUUAUAAUUAUCUGUUUAAAGUGGUGUUGAUUGGGGACUCUGGUGUCGGUAAAUCCAACCUUCUUUCUCGAUUUACGCGAAACGAAUUCAGCCUAGAAUCGAAAUCAACCAUUGGCGUUGAGUUUACUACUCGAAGCAUUUGUGUCGAUGAUAAGAUUGUUAAGGCUCAAAUUUGUCGCACAAUCCGCGCAGUUUGUCGCACAAACAAAUUGCCGGCAACCAAUGUCACAGUGAACAUAAUCGUCGCGCAUCUAGAUCUGAAAAUCGUCGUUGUCACCGACAACCAACCAAGAGUUUCUAUGUUUCCAGAUCUGAAGCGAGAGGAUGAGGGUUUAGAUGAAGAGAUUGAGACCGAAUUAAUGCCGACACGAAAUUGA